UUAAAAUACCACAGUAGUUACAUAUUCUACCGUCUGUUACUCUAGUAAAUUAGUAAGUGCAACGUCCCGAGAAAAGUGUGCGAAAGAAAGUGAACAGAAAGCACGUUGAUUGGUGUGUUGUCAAGCCGGUGUCUCGGAAAACUGACGAAUCGAAUAAUAUUAUUUUCGCGGUCUUUACUACAAACAGAUUGGUUGUCGUAGAGUAAAUGUGUUCAUGAAAAUACAUAUUAAAAGAUCAUCAAGGGUGAAUUGAAAAAUAUUACGAAAAAAAAAAAAAAAAAAACAAUAAAAAGGGAAUAAUAGGAAAAAAUAAGUGUUUUUUAAUAGUAGUUUUGAACGUAUAGUAAGUAGAAAAGUGGUAGUUAGUUAUCGCGUGGGUAAAAUUUAGGGAAAGUGUGUGUUGGCAGAGCGAGCAGGGAAGCGCGGCCAUUUUAUGUUAGUAUGACGUUGAGGCUGGGUGUGUAGCACAGCUUCACGUUGAACCGUCCGUGUUGAUUGUAAUAAAAGUGAAAUAACGCGAUAAAGUCUGAUGCUGGUCUUGAGAUAAAUGUACGGCGAACGUACGGGAGGUGUGAUUUGUAAAUAAAAUUUAGGAAGAAGGUGGGUUUUACUAAGGUAGAAUAGGCUUAGCUAAGUGGUUGGCGUAGUUGUCGGCAUAAAGCACAAUCACAGAGAGCAUGAGCGAGGAAAGUAAUCCCCGUACACUCUACGUGGGUAAUCUUGACCCAUCCGUAUCUGAGGAUCUGUUAUGCACAUUAUUUUCUCAAAUUGGCCCAAUAAAGGGCUGUAAAAUAAUACGUGAACCUGGCAAUGAUCCUUAUGCAUUUGUUGAAUUUACAAAUCAUCAGUGUGCGGCUACGGCGCUGGCCGCCAUGAAUAAGAGACUCUUCCUCGAUAAGGAGAUGAAGGUUAACUGGGCUACGAGUCCAGGUAAUCAACCCAAGCUUGAUACUAGUAAUCAUCAUCAUAUAUUUGUUGGUGAUUUGUCUCCUGAAAUUGAAACUCAGACACUUAAAGAGGCAUUCGCGCCCUUUGGUGAAAUAAGCAACUGUAGAAUUGUACGUGAUCCACAAACCCUUAAGAGUAAAGGAUAUGCGUUUGUGUCAUUUGUUAAAAAAUCGGAAGCUGAAGCUGCGAUAACUGCUAUGAAUGGACAAUGGUUGGGAUCACGGAGCAUUAGGACAAAUUGGUCAACUAGAAAACCACCGCCACCAAGAUCCGAGAGGCCAAGGCACACAAAUAAUAGUAAACCUAAUUAUGAAGAGGUAUAUGCUCAGAGUAGUCCAACAAACUGCACAGUUUACUGUGGUGGAUUUACAAAUGGCAUAACUGAAGACCUGAUUAACAAGACCUUCUCUCCAUUUGGUACUAUUAAUGAUAUUAGAGUUUUCAAGGACAAAGGCUAUGCUUUUAUUAAAUUUACGACGAAGGAAGCAGCAACACAUGCUAUUGAGGCUACGCAUAAUACAGAAAUCAAUGGAAGUGUUGUCAAAUGUUUUUGGGGAAAAGAAAAUGGGGAUCCUAACAGCGUUGGACCAAAUGCUAAUCAGCAAGCUCAACAGGUAACUGCCGGAGCUGGACAAUAUCCUUACGGUUAUGGCCAACAAAUGAGUUAUUGGUAUCCUCAAGGAUAUCCUCAGAUGCAAGGACAAUUCUUACAGCCAGCUCAAUACUACAAUCAGUACUAUAGUCAGCA